AUGAUCUCUCUAUCGGCCCAGUUGCCAAGCUCUUACCCUGGCCGGGUUCUAACGACCCGCUCACCCAUUCAGCCCUCGAAGGUCCCAGCAUCGGCUAUCAGCGCCUCCAAAGCAGCCUCCCACUCACAAGAAGGAUCGCCCAUAAUAUCACCCGAUACCGUUGUUCUGACUACGAGUUCCUCAGUCCAACCGUCGCCUAAACCCAUGUACGGUAGGAAUGAGGACCCGUACCCCUACAACUUUCGGCUACCGGAGUCUGUCCUAUCUCGGAAGACGAGCAACGACUCACUAGAUCGAAGCUUGGCUAGCUGCAACCCUAGCGCAAUGCCCGAGGCCUCGCCUAAGAGUAGCAACUUGAUUCGUCGCUUCUCGAAUCGCGCCCACCGGUUUGCCAGCAGCAGACAACAAUCUUCGGCAGCUCCUGCCAGCCGGAACGGUAGUAUCGGUCCCAGCAUCUUGCGCUGUCGGAGUGACAGCAACGCCACUGCCCCGCCACGGACGCCAGAGUAUAACGCCGUGACUGGCGCUGACGAGGAGGAUGACCCGGUUCCGGAUGGCAAUAUAUCUCUCUUUGGCCUUGACGGAGCCACUCACUCAUCAAGCAACAAUGACGCUGCCGGUUCAAUUAAUGGAAGUGGCAGUGCCAAGGCCGGACCCGUGUUGCCGGCGGAGCUUCGGAAUGGUUGUGAAGUUCUUAAGGUGUCCAGGAGCAGUCGCACGAGACGGGUUAAUCUUAUGUAUGAGACCGAAUCCAACAAGCUCUCGUGGGACCCUGCUCGCCCACAUAAGUCCUUACACGUCGAUGAGAUCAAAGAGAUCCGAACUGGUCCUGAUAUUCAACAAUACUGCUUUGACUUUGGAAUGUCCGAAUCGUGCAACUCGAGGACCAAGCUUCUGCACAUUGUCACCGAUAAUGAGGAAGCCUUGAACCACUGGUCUGGGUUCCUCAAGGCUACAUUGACUUACCGGCAGGGAUCAAUGACCUCUCUCAUGGCCUUCGACAAUGGAGCCCUAGCCCAGUAUUGGCAGACUAAGAUGACCAGGGAGUUCGGUAACCAGCCCCAUGAUCCUGAGCAGGAGGAACUGGACAUAGCCGGAGUCAAGCGUUGGACCCUGCAGACCAACUUCCGCCUAUCCGAUGUCCGACGAUGUGAGAAGCUCAACUUUACCGAGUUCAGGGGUUUCAUCCGCCUGAUGAAGCAGAGACACGAUGUUCAGCGAACCAAUCGCAGCAUUGCCACUAAACCUGAGAUUGGCAUGACCUUUCCAGAGUUUCUAGCUUUCCUCCGCGAUAUCCAAGGGGAGGACCAAUUUGCCUACCUCAGCCACCGAUACCGACCUGAUGCAGUCGAGACCUCCGAUGUGGCUGAUGACAUGCUGACAAACUCAGCGAUUAUACCGGAGCCUCAAAACUACACUCCUGACCGCCCCAUGAACGAAUAUAUCAUCUCUAGCUCCCACAACACCUGGCUCCUUGGUCUACAGGUAGCCGGUCAGUCCAGCGUCGAGGGCUACAUCUCGAUUGCCUGCUGGGAUGGCAACUCUGGGCAGCCCGAGGUCAACCACGGUCGCACCCUUACGACCUCGAUUAGUUUCCGUGAGGUCAUAGCCACGAUCAAUAAGUACGCCUUUCAAGCCGUCAUGGUCGACAUUAUGAAGGAGGCCUUCGGCUCUCGACUGGUUACCGAAACGUUGGAAGACUGCUAUGACAAGCUGCCUUCACCCUCUGAGCUCAUGGAACGCAUCCUCAUCAAGGUCAAGAAGCCGCAGAUCAAGCAGGAGGCUCCUGCCGGCAAUUUCCGCGGCCGCCGACGAGGCAACAGCCUCAACUCACUACUGACUCGUUCCAUGACUGAUGCCGCCAUGUUGAUGCCUUCGCAGUCGCUUCCUCAGAGCCUCAUGCGUAGCCCUAGCCCUUCUUGUCGUCGAUCGGUGAGAAAGACUCGUGUCAACACAAUUGCUGAAGGCGGGGUGCAAGAUAGGGCGAGUAGAAGCGCCAGCGACAAUGACAGCGGCGGGAAGCGAAACUCACGAAAGACGUCUACUAAGAUUGUUAAAGAGCUUGGUGGUCUUGACGUCUACUGUUCCGGUGUCAAUUAUACUGGCUUUGUCACUGCCGAGGCGAAGCAAUACAACCACAUCUUCUCCUUCAUGGAGUCGAGCUUUGCCAAGCACUUUCGCACCAAGGAACAGAAGAUAGCAGUCAACCUCCACAAUCAGCGCUACAUGAUGCGAGUUUACCCUGAUCGCACCCGGAUCACCUCCAACAACUUUGAUCCCCACCUGUACUGGCGCCGCGGAAUCCAGAUGGUUGCGCUCAACUGGCAGACCUCCGACUUGGGUAUGCAGAUCAACCGCGCCAUGUUUGACGGUGGCCAGGGCUUCUCGGGCUACGUGCUUAAACCUGCGGAGCUACGGGACAUCGAAGCGCUCCCAUACAACCCCGAACUUCCUGGGGGCAAGAAGGAGCGCAGUGUUGUUUCAUUCACCAUCGAUGUCAUCUCGGCACAACGGCUUAUGCGACCGGCCAGCCUCCCCGCCAACAAGGCGAUGAACCCGUACGUCGAGGUCGAGGUCUUCCACGCCAGUGAUACACGGGAGAAGAGGUAUGAGUCAGUCUUGCCUCGAGAUCUUGACCCGCCGCAAAAGUUUCGGACGAAUAUCGUACGAGAGAACGGCUUCAACCCAAUGUUUGAUGGUCACUUCAAGUUCAAAGUCACGAAGAAACAACCCGAUCUGGUCUUUAACCACAAUGACAGACCGGCAGUGGCCAUCUACACUGCUAAGUUUAGUAACCUCAAGCAAGGCUACCGCACCUUACCUCUUCUCAAUGAUGCUGGUGAUCAGUACCUUUUCUCGAAGCUCUUCUGCAAGAUCAUGGUUGAUUCGAUUGAGAAGAUGAUGAUCGACGCACCCUGCCGCACCCUAGAUGGUAGCAAGAUCAAGGGCCUGAGCGGAAAGGCCUUUAGCUGA